AUGACCGCCAUCCACACCCCCUCAACCAACGACGGCUGGCACGGUACCAUCCCAAGCCCCCAAUUCCCCGCCGAAAAAGGCCGCUACCACCUCUACAUAGGCCUCUUCUGCCCCUUCGCACACCGCGCAAACUUCAUCCGGCACCUAAAAGGCCUAACCGACAUCAUCUCCAUCAGCAUCGUAAAACCAUACCCGAAAGGCGACGAGAACGGUUGGCCGGGAUGGCGCUUCCCGGCUUCGGAUGACGAAUAUCCCGGCGCAACGGUUGAUCAUCUGUUUGGAGAGGAUUAUUUGCACAAGAUUUAUUUCCGCGCGGAUCCGGAGUACAAGGGGCGGUAUUCGGUGCCGCUUUUAUGGGACAAGAAGGCCGGGGUGGCGGAAAGCGCCGAGUUGCUCAGAUGGUUGCCUACGGCGUUCAACGAGAUCUUGCCGCAGAACGUCGCCUCAAUUGACCUCUACCCGGAACACCUGCGCGACACGAUCGAUGCUAUUACUCCCUGGAUGCAAUCCCAUGUCAACGCGGGAGUAUACAAGGCGGGGUUUGCGGCUACACAAGAAGACUACGACGAGAACGUGAUUCCUGUCUUCGGCGCAUUGAAUAAACUAGAACGUAUCAUCGCUGCCAACGGCGGGCCGUUCGUUCUUGGUGAAACAAUGACGGAGCUGGAUAUUCGGCUAUAUGCGACUCUGAUCCGGUUCGAUACCGUUUACGUGCAGCAUUUCAAGUGUAAUCUUGGGACGAUUCGGCAUGAUUAUCCGGUUUUGAAUAAUUGGUUGAAGGGGAUGUUUUGGGAUGUCGAAGCGGCGAGAAAUUCGACGGAUUUUAGGCAUAUCAAGGAGAAUUAUACGAAGAGUCACGGGGAUAUUAAUCCCAAGGCUAUUACGCCUAUGGGUCCGUUUCCGGAUGUGGAGGAGGGAGUUGAGAGGGAUUGGAAGAAGUUGAGGAUUGGUGGGGUGAAGCAUCCGGCUGUUUUGGAGUAUGAGGGAAAGAUUCCCAGCCCAUAA